CGCAAAGCCUCACUCUCACUCUCACUUAGCACAGGAUUCACACCUUUUUUUUUCAUUUCUUAUCUUUUAACUCAACCUUCACUUCACUUCACUUCAUUCUUCAGGUAUCAUCAUAUCCAAUACAUGUCUAUCUAUGAUCAUAGGAAGAACAAGAUCAAUCACUUGAUGAGAAUGAAAAGCUUAUCAAUAAUUAUUUCUCUAUUUGUUGGUCUUUUUAUUUAUUAAACAAGACUUCAUUUUCAUUCAUUGGUUGUCGUGUCGCACUCUUUCUACUUCGGAAUCUCUCUGUUUUAAUGCCCGAUUCUCUCACCGAAAACCACUCACUCACUCACUCUCACUCAUCAACUCUCACUCAUCAACUCUCCCUCAUCACAUCACAUCUAGCACGCGCACCUCGUAAGCAUUUCGAUCGCUUGCUUCUCCAUUAGUGUCGCAUAUACAUACAUACAUAUACAUUCAAACUUUUGUAUUUUGCCUCAUUACUCUCUUUGGAAAUUUUAUUUCGCGAACCAUUUUCCUUUCCUCGUCUACAUACAGUACUCCGAGUUGUCAUUUGAACCAUGAUUCAUGAUUAAGCGUACGGGUCAUUUGCCCUGCGUAUGCGAACGUCUUCUUUGAUUUCUCUCUCAUUGCUUGCGGCUCUUCUCACGUCAAAUAACAUUCUGUAUACUUCCAAGACUGUGAUAUAUUGGUUACAUCCCCUACAUCUCUUCUCAUAUCUAUCGCCGCAAUGUCGAUGCAUCCAAGCUAUCCCCGUAAUGGGAGUUAUCCACGCCAUUAUUAUCCCUCACCUCCUUCCAUGCACAAUGCUUCAGAUUCCGGAUAUGGUUCUACACGAGGAGAGAUGGGUCCGCCAUCAUUAGAUUUUCCACCUCAACCUAUUGAGAUUGAUCUGAGUAAUUCGAGGACCCUCCCAAGUCCUUCCCCUUCUUCUUCGGUUGCUUGGGAGCCAACAUUGUUUCCUUCUCCUCAUGGAUUUCCUGAUUUGAAUUCCCCAUAUGGACCAAUUUCUAGGAUGCAACAACUGCCAAUGGAUCGUGCGACAGGCCAGGCUCCAUUACUCCAAUGGUAUGCCGAUAAUGAUGGACCUUGGUACCCCAAGACAAUUUCAGACCCCAUCUCUGAGGAGAGAACAAAUAUCAAGGUUCGUUCAAGUAAUCGUGCACCCGUUGCUUUUGGAGGGCCGUAUCGUCAACAGGAUCCCUUGGAGAAUGGAUCCUUUCAUUUCGGUGGCCCACCACAAUCAGAUUCUGGAUAUGAAACCAGAAGGAGCCAUGGAAAUACUUCAAUCUUUAGCUCUGACAUUAAUGAUCGCGAUCAAGACUGUCAAAGUUUAGCAGGUCAUGUUGCAGACUAUCAGCCUUUUCAGGGCUUGAAUGAAGCAUUGCAAUCUCGCGAGAAUAGGACACCCGAAGCAUGGCCAACACAUCUUCCGGCUUCUAUCAACUCGCCAGGUCUGUUCUGUUCGACCUGUCACAAAUCCGUAAAAACAAAAUCUGAGUUGAAGAAGCAUGAUUUACGACAUAAAAAGCCCUUUGUGUGUAACUAUCCAGGUUGUGGAAGAACUGAGGGAUUUAGCACAACCAACGAUCUAGAUCGACAUACAAAGAGCAAACAUCCCUUAGCUACAACCUCGAAGGCGGAGUCGAUAAAAAAAUACCGCUGUGUUGUACCCGGGUGUAAGUCCAAGGAUAAAGCAUGGCCACGACUCGACAACUUCCGUAGUCACUUGAAACGAGUUCAUUCGAACGUCGUUCGGUUGGAAGAGAACUUUGAGGAGAUGAUACGACAGGCUGAAUUUCUGGAACCCUCAGGUUUGCCUCAAGAUGCCCAUCUUUCUGCAGAAGUGUCUACCCACGAUAUCUCGCACAACAGGGAAGUUAACGAAUGUUCACCAAAAGCCCAGGAUAUCAAAUCCAAUUGGAAGCCCGUCUAUCCAGACUUGAUCCAGGAUUUAGUCACUCCAACGGAAAUUCCAAUGGAGAAACCUCUCGUCGCAGAUGUGAAUCCCAGUGGCACUGCUAUCCCUGGACCGAACAAUCCUCCCGUGGAUCCACAUACUAGAGAUACCAUCCAACCAUCGGAAUUAUUCCGGAAUCCAUCAGAGGUUGUUAACAAAAUCUUUUUGGAAAGUGAUAUCUCAACCCUAGUGGGUACAAAGAGUGCAUUGGAUCGUAAUCUUGAUCAUGUAAGCCGUGCCCCGGUGGAGAGAAAUCCAUUACCACCUGCAGGUAAGGCAACUCGACAUAGUAGCGUCUCAGCCACCGAUGCGACUAUUACCGAAGCAAUUAGAACCGCAUUAGCAGAGGCAAAAAAUCCAUCAAACGUUGGUGCAUUGCCGAUGGGACGGAAAGUUUUGCCUAAUGGAAAAUCUCCCCCCGCUGAUUCCUGGGGAUCCACAACAGAUAAAGCUGCAUGCUUACUAGAUGGAUUUAAUAAGUCCACUUCUUCUACAACAGAUGAUUCCCUGGACCAGGAAAAAGCCGUUGAGGUUUAUAAAACCCUUCAAAAGUUAGGUUACAUUAUUCAAAAGGAUCCAAAUCAUACACCUCGGAUACAAAACCCAGGAUCUGCUGCCAGCAACAAGAGUGAGAACCAAGUCACUUGUGAGGUUUGUAAAAAGUUCAAAGGAAGACCUUGCGAGCUGAAGAAACAUAUGAAACGGCACGAGAGGCCUUACGGCUGUACUUUCUUGGCUUGCAACAAAACCUUUGGAAGUAAAAAUGAUUGGAAACGACACGAGAACUCGCAACAUUUCCACCUGGAGACCUGGCGUUGCGACAAUGAGAAACCCGAAGGUGGAGCAUGUGCGAAGGUCUCUUAUCGUCGUCAAACCUUCCAAGAACAUAUAAAGAAAGAACAUGCUAUCAUUGACCAAGAUGCUGUUAAGAUUAAGGUCGAUGCUUGUCGUAUUGGCCGUAAUUGUCAGGCUCGUUUCUGGUGUGGUUUUUGUAAGACGCUUGUUAAUCUUAAGAAAAAGGGUCUUGACGCCUGGAUAGAAAGGUUUGACCACAUAGAUAACCAUUUCAUGGGGCGCCACGGACUUCAAAAACAAAGCAUUCAAGAUUGGAUUCCAGUUGAUAGUGACAAACCCAAAGGCGACGCCGUCAGUCCAAAUCCUUUAGGUGGAUCUUCACCUAAAGAUGACCAUCAGGAACAUUCGACCGAUUCUACAGAUGACUUUGGUAGGAGCUCACUAGAAUUUGUCGGCAAUAAAGGAACCUCAUCUGCUUUGGUUGGUCAAGAGCACAGAGUAUCAAAGAAACGAGAACGCAACGACGAUGAGAGUGACAGGCCAUCAAAGUAUACAAAGAUUGGGGAGAUUGUUUAUUGUUGUCAUUGUGCAGAUGAUCUAGGACGUACUCUUGCUCUUAGUCCCAAGUGUACUUCCUGCAGUCAUGAUUUUUGUAACGAGUGCAAGAGCGAUUCGAUUGGUAAUUGUGAAGGUCAAAAAGUCUGACAUGCUCAUGGAUAUUGUUUGAAGUUUCUUAUUGUGGUUUGUUGACCACUUUCAUUUGAGAAGGGAUAAUUGUGUAAAACUAUUGGGUCUACGAUGUAAUUGGGUAGGAAUUCGAAAUACUGGGAAGGAAGAUAUCCAGGGAUUUUUUUCUUUGGCGUUUGCAAAUUUAACCUUAUGGUAGAAAGAAAAUCUUUUCCAUGAAAUCUAAAGGUUAGCGAGGGGCACAGUACUCGUAAAUUGAUUUUUUGGACAUAGUACAUCUAUGAUGGUGGGAGGUAUUGAGUGACCGUGUUGAAUAACCAUUCCAAUGGUUGGAAUACGAUGUUUUCAGCCGCAGUGAUAACCGCUUUCCAAUCCGGCCCAUGAAGGAGUUAUCUCGCUUAACACACCGAAUAGAUUCUAGAUGGUGUAGGGCAAAUAGUGCUCAUAGGAUAAUUUAGAAUGCUACAGUUGUAACAACUACCCAGGAUCAAGGGCAAAGCCACAUCAUAUGCAACUUUCCCUCCACGUGGCGCACCCUUUCUACGACGUGAAUACAUGUGAAGCUAGACCCCUUUGGUUCA